AUGGUGCUUGGACGCGCAUGGACGGCUGCGGAUGCUCUCGAACGGCUGGAUGAACGCGUGGAUCCGGAAGGUAGAAUUGAGGCUCAACUUAAUGUUAGGAAAAGAGGGACAUUUCCAGCCCAACCUCAAUCUAACCCAAAGGGUCAACAUGAGGUCCAUGAAGCAAGUUCAUCCCAACCUAAAUUUGAGCAAGUUAAGUCUGUCACAACCCUUCGGAGCGGAAAAAUAAUUAACAAAGAAAUUCCAACGAAGGAUGACAGACCUGAAAAAUCCAUUGAGAAAAGGGAUGAAAAUAAUACUGAACAAGAUGAUCCAAUACCUCAUCAUAAAAUAGUUGCUCCAUUCCCUCAGCGUUUGCUUGCAGCUAAAAAAGGAGUACCUGAUCAAGAAAUUUUGGAUAUCUUUAAACAAGUAAAGAUUAACAUUCCUCUAUUAGAUGCCAUUAAGCAGAUCCCAUCUUAUGCCAAAUUUUUAAAAGAUCUUUGUACCAUAAAGCGAAAGCUUUAUGUACAAAAGAAAGCUUUUCUAACUGAACAGGUGAGUGCUAUUCUCAAACACAACACCCCACCAUAUAAAGAUCCUGGUUGUCCUACCAUAUCUUGUAUCAUAGGAAACUUCAGGAUACAACGAGCCCUUCUUGAUUUAGGUGCAAGUGUUAACUUACUGCCCUAUUCAGUUUAUGAACAGUUAGGACUUGGCCGCCCAUUUCUAGCUACUUCCAAUGCUUUGAUCAACUGUCGAAAUGGAAUAAUGAAAAUGUCAUUCGGGAAUAUGACUAUAGAUUUUAAUAUAUUUAACAUUUGCAAACAACCCGAUAAUGAUAACGAAAAUGAUGAAAUUCAUGGAGUUAAUCUGAUCGACUCCAUUGUAGAGGAUGCUCUUGUCCCAUCUCUUUCUUCUGAUCCUUUAGAAACAUGCCUAACUCAUUUCGGAAAUACAGAUAUCAACCAAAACUUUAGAGAAAUCAGUGCUAUAUUAGAUUCAGCUCCUUUGUUGGAUACAGAUAGGUGGAAAUCUCGUUUUGAAGAAUUGCCCACACGCAACAAUAGUCCUCUACCAUCUAGUGUUCAAGCACCUAAACUUGAGCUAAAGCCUUUGCCAUCUGAGCUCAAGUACGCAUACCUUGGUCAAGAAGAGACUUUUCCUGUGAUCAUAUCAUCCCAACUCGAACAAAAUGGCUAUUCAGGUUACAACCAAAUUGCAAUUGAUCCUGAAGAUCAGGAAAAGACCACUUUUACAUGUCCUUUUGGCACAUUUGCUUACAAGAGAAUGCCUUUUGGAUUAUGUAAUGCUCCUGCAACCUUCCAAAGAUGCAUGCUCAGUAUUUUCUCCGACAUGGUUGAGCGCUUUUUGGAAGUCUUCAUGGAUGAUUUUUCAGUUUUUGGCUCAUCUUUUGAAAAUUGUGUGGACCAUUUAAGACUAGUCUUAAACACUGACCACGCUGCCCUUAAGUACCUUCUUUCAAAAAAGGAUGCUAAGGCGCGUUUAGCUUGCGGUGGUCAUUUCUCUGCUAAGAAAACGGCUGCAAAAAUUUUACAGUACGGUUUCUAUUGGCCCACCUUGUUUAAAGAUUCCCAUAACUUUUGCAAAGCUUGCGAGCGUUGUCAAAAGUUAGGUGGGAUAACUCGUAGGAAUAUGAUGCCUCUCAAUCCAAUUUUAAUUAUCGAAAUAUUUGAUUGUUGGGGAAUAGAUUUUAUGGGCCCAUUUCCUCCUUCAUUCGGAAAUUUGUACAUCUUAGUAGCUGUAGAUUAUGUCUCCAAAUGGAUUGAGGCAAUUUCUUGCAAGCAAAAUGACCAUAAAACUGUGUUAAAAUUUUUAAAAGAAAACAUUCUUUCUCGAUUUGGAACGCCUCGAGCCAUCAUCAGUGAUGGGGGUUCACACUUCUGUAAUAAGCCUUUUGAGGCUUUAAUGCGAAAGUAUGGGAUCACCCAUAAAGUCGCCACCCCUUAUCAUCCACAAACAAGCGGACAAGUUGAAGUAUCCAAUCGAUCAAUUAAGAAUAUUCUGAAAAAAACGGUUAACCCAAAUCGCAAAGACUGGUCUUUGCGUUUAACUGAUGGAGAUAAUGAAUUUCAAGAUGACUUACCUAUUAGAACGUUUCGUGAUUAUUUCCAACCCACUAGGACCAGUAGACAAUUUGUAGAAAUGAUGUGUAAUGGUGAAUUCAUGAGUAAGGAACCAAAUGAAGCCUGGGAUUAUUUUGAUCUUUUAGCAGAAAAUGCACAAGCUUGGGAUACAACAGAUAAAAAUGAAAAAUCAAAAAUAGCACCUAAUGCAAAAGGAGGAAUAUAUCUUAUUAAAGAUGAUAAUGAUGUCAAUGUAAAAAUUGCUAAUCUGACUAGGAAGGAUUGUCCUACAAUCCCUGCUUUUCAAGAAGUGUUGCAUGAUCAAGCAAAUUUCACCAAUACUUAUAAAAGACCAUUUCCAGAAACAUAUAAUCCUAGUUGGCGAAACCAUCCUAAUUUUAGCUGGAGACAUGGACCCACUGCCAAUGAAUCUCAAGGGAAUUCUGUUCCUACUCCUUAUGUGCCACCACAUAGGAAAUCCCUUGAAGAUACUUUGCAAACCUUCAUGCAAGGGCAGACUCAAAUAAAUCAGAAUACAAUGCAAUCACUCCAAGAACUUAAAAAUUCUGUAGGUAGAAUUGAGGCUCAACUUAAUGUUAGGGAAAGAGGGACAUUUCCAGCCCAACCUCAAUCUAACCCAAAGGGUCAACAUGAGGUCCAUGAAGCAAGUUCAUCCCAACCUAAAUUUGAGCAAGUUAAGUCUGUCACAACCCUUCGGAGCGGAAAAAUAAUUAACAAAGAAAUUCCAACGAAGGAUGACAGACCUGAAAAAUCCAUUGAGAAAAGGGAUGAAAAUAAUACUGAACAAGAUGAUCCAAUACCUCAUCAUAAAAUAGUUGCUCCAUUCCCUCAGCGUUUGCUUGCAGCUAAAAAAGGAGUACCUGAUCAAGAAAUUUUGGAUAUCUUUAAACAAAUCCCAUCUUAUGCCAAAUUUUUAAAAGAUCUUUGUACCAUAAAGCGAAAGCUUUAUGUACAAAAGAAAGCUUUUCUAACUGAACAGGUGAGUGCUAUUCUCAAACACAACACCCCACCUAAGUAUAAAGAUCCUGGUUGUCCUACCAUAUCUUGUAUCAUAGGAAACUUCAGGAUACAACGAGCCCUUCUUGAUUUAGGUGCAAGUGUUAACUUACUGCCCUAUUCAGUUUAUGAACAGUUAGGACUUGGCCGCCCAUUUCUAGCUACUUCCAAUGCUUUGAUCAACUGUCGAAAUGGAAUAAUGAAAAUGUCAUUCGGGAAUAUGACUAUAGAUUUUAAUAUAUUUAACAUUUGCAAACAACCCGAUAAUGAUAACGAAAAUGAUGAAAUUCAUGGAGUUAAUCUGAUCGACUCCAUUGUAGAGGAUGCUCUUGUCCCAUCUCUUUCUUCUGAUCCUUUAGAAACAUGCCUAACUCAUUUCGGAAAUACAGAUAUCAACCAAAACUUUAGAGAAAUCAGUGCUAUAUUAGAUUCAGCUCCUUUGUUGGAUACAGAUAGGUGGAAAUCUCGUUUUGAAGAAUUGCCCACACGCAACAAUAGUCCUCUACCAUCUAGUGUUCAAGCACCUAAACUUGAGCUAAAGCCUUUGCCAUCUGAGCUCAAGUACGCAUACCUUGGUCAAGAAGAGACUUUUCCUGUGAUCAUAUCAUCCCAACUCGAACAAAAUGGCUAUUCAGGUUACAACCAAAUUGCAAUUGAUCCUGAAGAUCAGGAAAAGACCACUUUUACAUGUCCUUUUGGCACAUUUGCUUACAAGAGAAUGCCUUUUGGAUUAUGUAAUGCUCCUGCAACCUUCCAAAGAUGCAUGCUCAGUAUUUUCUCCGACAUGGUUGAGCGCUUUUUGGAAGUCUUCAUGGAUGAUUUUUCAGUUUUUGGCUCAUCUUUUGAAAAUUGUGUGGACCAUUUAAGACUAGUCUUAAACACUGACCACGCUGCCCUUAAGUACCUUCUUUCAAAAAAGGAUGCUAAGGCGCGUUUAGCUUGCGGUGGUCAUUUCUCUGCUAAGAAAACGGCUGCAACAAUUUUACAGUGCGGUUUCUAUUGGCCCACCUUGUUUAAAGAUUUCCAUAACUUUUGCAAAGCUUGCGAGCGUUGUCAAAAGUUAGGUGGGAUAACUCGUAGGAAUAUGAUGCCUCUCAAUCCAAUUUUAAUUAUCGAAAUAUUUGAUUGUUGGGGAAUAGAUUUUAUGGGCCCAUUUCCUCCUUCAUUCGGAAAUUUGUACAUCUUAGUAGCUGUGGAUUAUGUCUCCAAAUGGAUUGAGGCAAUUCCUUGCAAGCAUAAUGACCAUAAAACUGUGUUAAAAUUUUUAAAAGAAAACAUUCUUUCUCGAUUUGGAACGCCUCGAGCCAUCAUCAGUGAUGGGGGUUCACACUUCUGUAAUAAGCCUUUUGAGGCUUUAAUGCGAAAGUAUGGGAUCACCCAUAAAGUCGCCACUCCUUAUCAUCCACAAACAAGCGGACAAGUUGAAGUAUCCAAUCGAUCAAUUAAGAAUAUUCUGGAAAAAACGGUUAACCCAAAUCGCAAAGACUGGUCUUUGCGUUUAACUGAUAUAGGAGACAAAGAGUUGAUAGCAGACCUGAUACAAUUAGAUAUGCAUAACUUUGAUGUUAUUCUUGCGAUGAAUUGGUUGUUCGAGUAUCAUGCUCAUAUUGGCUGCUAUGGCAAAAAGGCUUAUCAGCCUAUGUGGUUUGACAGUCAAAAAGAAAUAAGGCCAAAUGAUAUUGCUAUUGUGAGGGAAUAUCCAGAUGUUUUUCUAGAGGACCUACCUGAUCGAGAGAUUGAUUUCAAAAUUGAUCUCAUACCGGGUGUUGGACCAAUCUCCAAAGCUCCUUACCAGAUGGCCUCUACAGAGAUGAGAGAAUUGAAAGUUCAGCUACAGGAACUUCUAGAAAAGAAAUUCAUCCGCUCAAGUGUUUCUCCAUGGGGAGCUCCUGUUUUGUUUGUAAAGAAGAAAGAUGGAAGCAUGCAGACAUGCAUUGAUUAUAGGGAGCUAAACAAGUUGAAAAUUCAAUCUGAGGAUGUGCCCAAGAUAGCAUUUCAGACCAAGUAUGGGCAUUAUGAAUUUUUGGUUAUGCCAUUCAGACUAACCAAUGCACCAACUGCCUUUAUGGAUCUAAUGAACAGGGUCUUUAGAUAG